CCCAAUGGAGGCAUUGAAGUUUGUUUGGGGUUUGAAAGGUUUGAUAUGGUAUAAUGGGGUUGUUGUGAUGAUUAUGAUGAUCAUCAUAGUCAACAUUAAUGGCAGCGUGGAAGCUUCCCACAAGGUGUAUAGGGAGUACCAGUCCCUUCCUCCUCCCCUUGAACUCAACCACAUCCACAGAACUGGCUUCCACUUUCAACCCAAACACCACUGGAUCAAUGAUCCAAAUGGACCAAUGUAUUACCAAGGAAUCUACCAUUUAUUUUACCAGUAUAAUCCUAAAGGUGCAGUUUGGGGCAACAUUGUCUGGGCUCAUUCAGUAUCCACUGAUAUGAUCAACUGGAAAUCAUUGGACCUUGCAAUCUACCCUUCAAAAUUGUUUGAUCAAUACGGGUGUUGGUCUGGGUCAUCCACAAUCCUUCCUGGCAAUAAACCGGUCAUACUCUAUACCGGGAUUAUUGAUAAAAACAAUACCCAGGUCCAAAACUAUGCAGUACCUGCUAAUUAUUCAGAUCCAUACCUCCAGGAAUGGAUAAAACCCAAUAACAACCCAUUAGUAUUUCCUGGCAUUGGUAUAAAUAAGACAGAAUUUCGUGACCCGACUACUGCAUGGUGGGACAAAGAUGGGCAUUGGAGGAUUUUGGUGGGUAGCAAGAGAAAAGGUAGAGGGAUGGUAUAUUUGUUUAGGAGUAGGGAUUUCUUGAAAUGGAUUAAAGCCCAACACCCACUACAUUCUAAGGCUAAGACGGGUAUGUGGGAGUGCCCAGAUUUCUACCCGGUGUCCAUGGAUAGUGCAUUCGGAUUGGAAACUUCGGCUAUCGAGGGAAAUAUCAAACAUGUCCUAAAGGUGAGCCUUGAUGAGACAAGAUUUGAGUACUAUACAAUUGGAACGUAUUUUCUCGAAAAGGAUAGGUAUGUGCCAGAUAAUACAUCCAUUGAUGGUUGGAACGGGUUGAGGUACGAUUAUGGAAAUUUCUAUGCUUCAAAGACAUUUUUUGAUGCUAGUAAGAAUAGGAGGAUCUUGUUGGGAUGGUCUAAUGAGUCAGAUACCCCUACGGAGGAUGUCAAAAAGGGAUGGGCUGGAAUUCAGACAAUACCGCGAAAGGUCUGGCUUGAUACAAGUGGAAAACAAUUGGUACAAUGGCCAAUCGAAGAAUUAGAAACUCUAAGAAGGGAAGAAGUUCACUUGAGUGAUCAUAAGCUCAAUCUGGGAGAUUACGUUGAAAUUAAAGGAAUUACAGCUAUACAGGCUGAUGUUGAAGUGAUCUUCUCAUUCCCAAGCUUGGACAAGGCAGAGCCAUUGGAUCCUAGUUGGGUUCACAUGGAUGCCCAAACGCUUUGCAGCCACAAGGGUUCGACUGUUCAAGGUGGGGUUGGACCAUUUGGCCUGUUAACAUUGGCUUCAAAACACCUUGAACAAUACACUCCCAUCUUCUUUACAGUUUUUAAGGCAACAAACAAGCAUGUUGUUCUCAUGUGCUCUGAUGCAACAAGUUCCUCUUUGAAGAAAGAAGUGUAUAAGCCAUCAUAUGCAAGUUUUGUGGAUGCAGAUUUAACUCAUAAGAAGCUGUCACUCAGAAGUUUGAUUGAUCACUCUGUUGUGGAAAGUUUUGGAGCACAAGGAAAGACAUGCAUUACAUCUAGGGUUUAUCCUUCCCGAGCAGUAUUAAUGGAUGCACAUUUAUAUGCAUUUAACAAUGGUACUGAGACAAUUACAAUUGAAAAUCUAAAUGCCUGGAGCUUAGCCAAUCCUCAAAUGAACUAAGGAGGAGUUGAGUUUUUUUUUUUUUUUUUUUUUUGCCCUUUUGUUUAGGAAAUGUUUUUACAAUUUUAUGUGGACAUGAAAAUAGUUAGAAGGACCUUAUUAGAUCUUUUUUAUGGGAUACAUGUCUAGGGUUCAGUUCAUUGUUGCAUAAUAAAAAAAUAAAAAAUAAAAAAGAGGCGGUUGUAGAAAUGGUGAAAGUUGUGGAUAGCUCAUUUAUUAGGAAUUUAGACCACUUUUAUCUUUAUUUUUCAAUGUUAAAACUCAAC